AUGGCGAGGGAUCCCGGCGGAGCUCUGUGGUGGUCGUCGGCGCUGGCCCGCCGGCUGAGCACCGCCGCGGCAGAGGGGCGCGAGGGAUCCUUGUCGGCGGCGUGGGCCACGGGCCGGGUGGCGGCGCCGCCGAAGCAGCUGUACCGGAGGCUGUCGGCUCUGGGAGGGCAGCCGAAAGGGGCCGUGGCGAGGGCCAUGAACAAGUGGCUUCGGGAGGGGAAUACUGUCAGGGCGGCGGACGUCAUGAAGUUCGUCAAGGAGCUCCGCAAGUACAGACGCUUCGGGCACGCCCUGGAGGUGUGAAGCGCUCGAACCCUAACUAAACUUGCUGUGAUCUUCUGCGUACGAGGAGGAACCUUAGUUAGUUGUCUAUACUCGCUACUUCUUCCUCCCAUUGGUGCCAGCGGAUGUAAGAUUCAUGCAAUCGCGGGAUUUCUCUGGCUAUGAUGAUCCGUCAAGGUUCGCUCACAGGAGGAAAUCAAAUGCAACUUCAGCAGAUUCUUUUGAGUUGAUAAUUUGCGAAGAGAGAAAAUACUGCUGAGUUGAUAAUUAUUCUAGCUGGAAGAAAGGCACAAAUAUUAAGGCGACGUCCGAUGGUGUUCUUGAGCGGCGAAUUCGUUUUCUCGUCCGAUUUAUUAUUUAUGUAGUGAUCGAUCGAUUGAUCGAUUGAUCGAUUGAUAUUGUUUUUGAUGAUGCAGCUAAUGGAGUGGAUGGAUACCCGGGGGAUGAACAUGUCCCACAGCAACUAUGCGGUGCGCCUCGAUCUGAUAUGCAGGGUUGAGGGAAUCCAGUCGGCGGAUAAAUAUUUCGCCAGCUUCCCGGAGCCCGCGAAGAACCUCCUGACCCAUGGGUCGCUCCUCAACUGCUACUGCACGGAGAAGAUGGAAGAAGAGGCGUCGGCCUUCUUCGAUAAGAUGAAGGAGCAGAAGCUCGUCUCCAAUUCCUUACCCUACAACAACAUGAUGUCCCUCUACAUGAGGGUGGGCAAGCCUGAGAAGGUCCCCUUCCUCAUGGAGGAGAUGGCGGAGCGGAAGAUCCCCCCCAACGACUUCACCUACAGCAUCCUGAUGAACAGCUAUGCGGCUCUGAACGACUUUGAAGCCGUGGAGAGGACCUUCAAGGAGAUCGAGCGGUCCGGCGGCGACAAAGCCAAGUGGUCCAUUUACAGCAACCUAGCUUCUCUCUAUAUCUCCGCUGGGCUCGCCGACAAGGCCGAGGGGGCACUAAAGAAGGUGGAGGAGAACAUGGAUAGAGGAGACCGGCAGUGCUUCCACUUCCUCAUCACCUUGUACGCCGGCCUGGGCAAGCUGGAAGAAGUCAAUCGGAUCUGGGCCACCCUGAAGUCAACCUUCCCGUUGACCCUCAACAUGAGCUACCUCACCAUGCUGCAGUCCCUCAGCAGGCUGGACCAGCUCGACGCGCUGGAGAGGUGCUUCCAUGAAUGGGAAUCUGGCUGUGUGGCAUAUGAUAUCAGGCUGGCCAACAUACUCUUCUGUGCUUAUCUCCGGAGGGACAAGGUGGCGGAGGCUGAGGCCCUCCGGAAGAAGGUCGCCGGCAGGGGCUCCGAACCCGAUUUCCGCACCUUCGAGAUGUUCAUUGAUUACUACAUCAACAAGCAGGAUAUGGCCCGGGCGCUCGAGUACAUGCAGGAGGCGAUGUCAAAGGCGGAGAAGACCCGGGUGUGGAAACCCAGCAAGUCGAAGGUCGAUGCCUUCUCAAAGUACUUCGAGGAGGAGGAUGAUGCGGCCGCCGCAGAGGAAUUCCAACAAUGGUUGAAGAAGCUGGAAGCCGAGUGA